AUGACCACCUUUGAAGAGAGAGUAAACUUUCUCCGUCUGCCCUCUGAGAAUGGCAAGAAGCCCUUACCACGGGUUACACUCGGGGCUGUCAAUAGAGAUGGUUCCUUGCAUUACACUAAGGCAUUUGGGGAGGCAUCGGUAGAGUCUACUGAUACUGAUGCCGUGCACUGGGUGGCCUCUUGCACCAAGCUUGUGACUACUGUUGCGGUAAUGCAGUGUGUCGAGCGCGGUCUGUUAGACCUGGAUGUAGACAUCGCCAGUGUGUUACCGGAGUGGGACAGCCCUCGGAUCUUGACGGGCUUCGACGAGGACGAUAAUCCUAUCUUUCGGCCAGCCACCAAACCUAUUACCCUACGGCGCAUGUUGACUCACUCCAGUGGCAUGGCGUACUUCUUCAUGGAUCCUCUUAUGACACGUUAUUAUGAUUUGCAAGGAAAACCGCCGGUACUCCAAACGCUUUUCCAAUUCCAAUUCCUGCUUUUCGAACCGGGCGAACGAUGGAUGUACUCUCCUGGUAUUGAUUGGGCGGGAAAAGCGGUUGAGCGAGUCACUUUUAUGAAGCUUGGCGAAUACCUGCAGCGUCAUGUUUUCGAUAUUGUCUCCGUGAAGGAUGCCACAUUCCAUCUCGACCAGAGAGAAGACCUACGUGCCCGAAAGGUUAAAGCCUGGGUGCGAACGGAUCAGGGUCUGGAGGAAGAGAAGAAUCCUGUCUUCCAAGACCCAAUUGCGGAAGACUUUGGAGGAGGUGGCCUAUACACAACUGUGAACGAAAUGCUCAAGAUCUGUCAUGGCAUACUGACGGAAAAGUUACUCCGUCCGGAGACUGUUAAGGAAAUGUUCCAACCUCAUCUGGAAAGUGUUCUGGGUCUUGACAAACCGCAGGAUUAUUCGCUGGCGUCCCGCAAUGCCAUUUGGAAUGCAGUCCCAAAUGAUGUGCCCGUGGAUUUUGGGAUCGGUGGCCUGGUGAAUACAUCUAGGCUCCCGGAUCGACGAGAGGCACAUUCGCUCACCUGGUCCGGAAAGCCAAAUUGUUACUGGUGGAUCGACAUUAGUAAAGGAGUCGCUGGCAUAUACCUCUCGCAGCUGCUACCGACCGGAGACCAGACUGCUAUUGAGCUGCUCACAGAGUUCGAGAGGUGGGUGUAUUCGCGUUUGGAUGAAGUGGAUGGCCUGGCAAAGCAGAACGUGGACAUCUCCAGCCGAUGA